GUUCAGGAGGAAGAACUAUUUACAAUACAUUGUGCAAACAGUAUACGGAUCUUUGCAGUGCUAAUCAAUUUGUGGAUCAUCUAUAGUUUGGUUGCUUUCAUUAUGGCCAACUAUCAGGUGUCCUUUGAGGCUUAUGUGGAGGCUGUCCUGCUGACCUUUCAAUUGUCCGUGGGUGUUGUGAAAAUGUUUCAUUUUCAAAAUUGCCUAGAGUCCUGCAUUCAAUUAGUCUAUGCCACAGAAACGGGAGAUGUGCUUAAGUCUCUGGGUAUCUUCGAUUUGAAAUUGCCCAGAAAACAUCUCUUAAGCCAGGCUUUGAGUACAAUAAUUGUGGAAAGUUGGCUAAUAAUCGAUCGGCAAGUGAUGUUCUUCUUCAAAGUUGUCUGCAUGCCUGUUGUAUAUUAUACAAUGAGGCCAUAUUUUCAAUAUAUCUACGAUUGCUAUAUCGUGGCAGAUGAAUAUUGUGAAAUGACACUGACCUAUCCAGCCAUAGUGCCUUAUUUUCAAUGGGGUAACCAUGAAUAUCCUUCAUAUGCCAUAAGGUUUUUUCUUUUACAGUCAGGUCCUGUUUGGUGCUUUUUUGCCGUCUUUGGUUUCAAUAGCCUCUUUGUAAUCCUAACCAGACACGAGGCUGGACUUUUGCAAAUUCUUCGACAUUUGGUACAGAAUUCUACCUCUGAUGCUGUUGUACCCAAGCAUUUGCGAGUCAACUACUUGCAAUGUUGUGUGAGACUUUUUGCUCGCAUUGCUAGGCAUCAUAAUCAAAUAGAGAAUCUUUUCAAGUACAUAAUUUUGGUGCAAUGUGCCGUGAGCAGUAUACUAAUAUGCAUGUUGCUUUAUAAGAUCAGUACAGUUUUAGAUGUCGGCUGGGUAUGGAUGGGCAUGAUCAUGGCAUACUUUGUUACCAUAACUUUGGAGAUCAGUUUAUAUAAUCUGAGUGCCCAAAUUGUGGAAACGCAAAGUGAAUUACUUUAUCUCGAUUGGUAUAACUGCUCCUGGUAUAGCGAAACAACUGAGUUUCGAUUCAUCAUUAAAAUGAUGUUAAUUUUCUCACGACGUACGUUUGUUUUGAGCGUCGGAGGAUUUACCAAUCUCUCCCAUAAGUUUUUAGUUCAGGUCUUUCGCUUAAGUGGAAAUUUCUUUUUACUUUUACGUAAUAUGAACAACAAAUAGAAAAAAAUAUACAUA